CCUUCCUCUGGCACACAAGAAUUCUCUUUCUCACUCUUUCCUCUCGAUCUCCACCCCCAGUUCACUCACAGCCCCCACUCUUUAUUUUGUCGCCCCCUCCUCCAAAAUGAGAGCCAGUGGGCUGGGCUCACUUCUGCCAUCGAGCUGCCCUGGACCAGCCCCCUGCUGGGCGGGAGAGAGGGUUGAAAGGGAGGAGGGACGGGGCCUCCUGGGACUCCCCCGAGACUCCUAAGCCAGCCCCGCUCUUCUCCGGCCAGGAAGGCAGCUUCGCGGCGGCCGCAGCGCUGGAGACAGAACUAGGGGAAGGAAGGAGCCGCAGAUAGCGCGAGGCAGCAGCCACUGCCUGGUGCCCACGGGCAGCCAGUUUAUUUCGCCCCCUGCAGCCCAGGAAAGCGAGCCCCCAUUCUGCGCCUGGGACUGGACUUUGUUGAUGGUUGUUUAAAAUUUAUUUUAAUUAUUAUUUUUUGUCUCCUUGAAGGGGUAUGCGGGUGGGGGACGGGGGGGGCUCAGAAUUCUUUUCCUCUCCUCACUCCCUGUAUAUAGCCCUCCCCAAGCUUUCCCACCCACCCUUCAGUUCGGUGUUUGGAGUUUAAAAAAAAAAAGAAAGGGGGGGGGGGGAGGAAAGCGCAGUGGCAUGUCCCUGUCCUCUUCAGUCCUGCCCCCCGAAGUGGAGAUGUGCAAGAGACAAGCGAGAGAGAGGAGCUCGUGAGACGCAGAGCCGGAACCAUGUACCUGCGGCCCCUGCCCCUUGUCGUGGUCCCAGGCUUUCUCCAGCUGCUAUUUUGUGACAGUAAAAAAAUAGCACAUGCCUCAGAGGGGCUGGAUUGGGAAGACAAAGAUGCCGCAGACACACUGGUCGAUAACGAGGUCCACUCAAGGAUCAUUAAUCCUUUACGCCUGUUUGUUAAACAGUCUCCAGUGUCAAAGUCCGGUCAGAUGUCAUAUGCAGACAGCAUAGAAAACUUUUGGGAUUGGUUGUCUAACAUCACGGAAGUGCAGGAGCCAUUGGCAAGAACUAAGCGUAGACCAAUAGUAAAAACGGGGAAAUUUAAGAAAAUGUUUGGAUGGGGCGACUUCCAUUCCAACAUCAAGACUGUGAAACUCAACCUUCUCAUCACAGGGAAAAUUGUUGACCAUGGCAAUGGCACUUUUAGUGUUUAUUUCCGACAUAACUCCACGGGUCUGGGUAAUGUCUCAGUGAGCCUGGUACCCCCGUCCAAAGUGGUGGAAUUUGAAGUCUCCCCCCAGUCCACACUAGAGACCAAGGAAUCCAAAUCUUUCAAUUGCCGCAUUGAAUAUGAAAAAACAGACCGGGCAAAGAAGACUGCACUGUGCAACUUCGACCCUUCGAAGAUCUGCUAUCAGGAACAGACUCAGAGUCAUGUCUCUUGGUUGUGCUCCAAACCCUUUAAGGUUAUUUGCAUUUACAUUGCCUUUUACAGCGUCGAUUAUAAACUUGUGCAAAAGGUUUGUCCUGACUACAAUUAUCAUAGUGAGACUCCGUAUUUAUCCUCUGGCUGAAUCUUUAAGAGAUGGCAGAACUGGGGGACAUUUGUGACUGGAAUAACUGAAAAUGGAGUUCAGCUCCUCACCAUAAAGAUUACUUUUGUUUGGGGCAGUGGACCUUGCUUCUUUAUCAGGUUUUAAAAUGAUUAAAAAAAAAA